AUGGUGAUUGGAUUGGUUCUAAGGGCCUCUCAUGGGGAGAUUUCUUGGCGGGUUUGUGUUGCCUCUGCUGCUGCUAACAGCCUUGGUGCAGCAAUGAUCACAUCUGUAGUAGGAAUCAUGUGUGUUCUUGUGUCUGUUGUGCUGGGCACGAGACGGAACAACAGGUUCCAAUCUAAUGUGAUGAAGUGUCAGGAUUCAAGAAUGAAGGCAACAAAUGAGAUGCUUAACUACAUGCGUGCGAUCAAAUUCCAGGCUUGGGAGGAGCACUUUAAUAAGAGAAUUCCGGCUUUCCGUGAGUCGGAGUUUAGCUGGCUGACCAAGUUCAUGUACUCAAUCUCUGUGGUUAUGUGGUGCACCCCAGUACUUAUAUCAACUCUCACAUUUGGCACUGUACUCUUAUUGGGUGUCUGGCUUGAUGCCAGGACAUUGUUCACAACCACAAGCAUCUUCAACAAUUUGCGGGAUCCCAUCAGGACCUUCCCACAAUCUAUGAUUUCAAUUUCUCAAGCUAUGAUAUCUCUUGGGAGGUUGGACCGUUAUAUGAUGAGUAGGGAAUUGGUGGAGGAUGCGGUGGAGAGAGACAAGGGCUGUGAUAGAAGAACUGCUGUGGAGGUUAAAAAUGGCGCGUUUAGCUGGGAUGAUGAAAGCAAAGAAGAGGAUUUGAAACACAUAAAUUUGAAUGUCAAUAAAGGGGAGCUAACGGCUAUUGUAGGAACAGUGGGAUCUGGAAAGUCUUCCCUUCUAGCCUCAAUUCUUGGUGAGAUGCACAAGUUAUCCAGAAAGGUACGAGUUUGUGGCACAACUGCCCAUGUUGCUCAAACAUCAUGGAUUCAAAAUGGGACUACUGAAGAAAAUAUAUUAUUUGGUUUGCCAAUGGACAGAGAUAGAUACCAGGAAGACAUGGAGUUUGGAGAUCACACUGAGAUGGGAGAGCAUGGCAUCAACCUAAGUGGUGGCCAGAAACAGAGGAUACAACUUGCUAGGGCUGUAUAUCAAAAUUGUGACAUAUAUCUUCUCGAUGACGUUUUCAGCGCUGUUGAUGCUCAUACUGGAUCAGAAAUAUUUAAGGAAUGUGUGAGGGGAGUGCUUAAAAACAAGACGGUUUUAGUUGUAACUCAUCAAGUUGACUUCUUGCAUAAUGUUGAUCUUAUUUUGGUCAUGAGAGAUGGGAUGAUAGUACAGGCUGGAAAGUCUAAUGAUUUGCUAAAUUCUGGCCUGGAUUUCAAACAGCUAGUAGCUGCCCAUGAAACCUCCAUGGAACUUGUAGAAAUGAGCACCACUAUUCCCAGAAAAAGUUCCCCCAGUCCUCAAAUAUCUCCACAACUCUCUUCGAACCACUGGGAAGCCAAUGGUGGAAACAACUCUUUGGACCAACCAAAGUCUGAUAACAGGACUUCUAAACUCAUCAAAGAAGAGGAGAAAGAAACAGGCAAAGCAUCAACUGAUCAGACGAAUAUCAAUCAAUUUCUUCCCUUCAUUUUGGCUAUGACCAUUGCCAUGUACAUCACUGUGCUUGCCAUCUUUAUCGUUGGUUACUAUCUUGCAUCAUCUCGUGAAUUAACUCGACUCGAUUCGAUCACAAAAGCUCCUGUUAUCCAUCACUUCUCAGGAAGCAUAUCCGGAGUUAUGACAAUCCACUCUUGCAGAAUGCAGAACAUGUUCUCCAAGGAAAAUGUUAAACGGGUUAACGCCAAUUCACCUAUGGAUUUCCACAACAAUGGGUCCAAUGAGUGGUUUGGUUUCCGUAUGGAGAUGCUUGGGAGUUUAGUUUUCUGCAUUUCCACUGUGUUCAUGUUCUUGUUGCCAAGCAGUAUAAUUAAGCCAGAGAAUGUUGGUUUAACUCUCUCCUACGGAUUGGCCCUGAAUGGUGUGCUGUUCUGGGCCAUUUAUAUGAGCUGCUUUGUCGAAAAUAAGAUGGAAUCGGUUGAGAGGAUAAAACAAUUUACAAACAUCUCAUCAGAGGCAGCAUUGGAGAUAAAAGACCGUGUUCCUCCUUCAAAUUGGCCUUCCCGUGGCAAUGUCGAGCUCAAAGACUUGCAGAGCCUUGAACACUGCCAACUUAAAGAUGUGGUAGCUGCAAAACCUGAUAAACUCAAUUCUUUAGUGGCUGAUGACGGCGACAACUGGAGCGUGGGGAAAAGACAGCUUCUCUGUUUGGGGCGAGUUAUGUUGAAGCACAGCCGGCUCUUGUUCAUGGACGAGGCCACGGCUUCAGUUGAAUCACAGACAGAUGCUCAUUGCUCACAGAAUACCUACAGUGAUGGACUGCAACAGAGUUUCAGUAUGCAGGACUGGCUAAAGAAUUUGACAAACUGUCCCGCUUGCUUGAGGGACAAUCAUUGUUUGGGGCAUUGGUUCAGGAGUAUGCCAACCGUUCAUCAGGACUAUAAGCAACCAUCUUUGGUUUCUCUAAUCGUUGCUUCCGGUGAUUCCUUUUGUGCUUACAAAUCUUCCAAGAAUCACCUGCCUGCAUUUGUCCCUCGCAUUAUUAAAAUAAGAAGAGGCCCUUCUCAGCUGUGUGUGGGAAUUAUCAAGACAAUAAUGCAAGUCCAAGUCAAGCCUCCCUUAGACUUGUGGCAAGAAGUAGCUAAUCUACUCCAGUUACCACCCACGUUUCUCCAUUCUGUUUAG